GCGAUUUCACACAGAAAAGCCAUUAACACCCAAAAACGAAAAGAAAAAACAGAGAGAAACAGAAAUUUGUAUAAACUGAUAUAAACAGAAAUUUAUAUAUAUAAAGGUUGGAACUUUGAGUUUUAUAGUUUGAAAAUUUGAAUGUUUUUGUGAGGUGAGGUGUUUGUUCAUGGCAAUGGGACAUGAAAGAUCGAAACCUCUGCAUAAUUUCGACUUACCUUGUGGUUUAAAGUGGGGUAAUCAGAAGUUUUUGAGGUGUGCUAAGGUGGAUUCCAACGGCGAAAUUCCUCAUUUCCAUCGGAGAUCAAAUGGGUCUGACUCAAUCGGACGGCGGAUGAGAGAAAUCGACGGUAUGGUUAACAAUCGGAGAUCGAGUGUGGUUAAGGAUGAGUUGUUGAAGGAGACGGAGGUGGGUUUCACUCGGAAAUUCAGGUCGGCGGGUUACAACGGUGCUGCCGGAGGCGGCGGCGGAGAUGGAAUCGCGGCUGUAAGGGAGAAGUUGAUGUUUGAUCUUCAAGCAGAGGCUGAUAAGAUGAAAUACGCGAUUUUUAGAGAUGGGUUGGAGGAGGAAGUGUCUGUAACUCCGGCGACGGCACCGACGGAGGUUACGACGGAUGUAGAUGCGUCUAGGCCGUGGAACUUACGUACUCGAAGAGCGGCGUGUAAGGCGCCAAUGAACGGAAUCGCCGGCGGCGGUGGCGGUGGCGGCGGAUCGAAUGGAGCUUUGAAGGUUGAUGUUAUCAGAAACAAUGGUUCGUCUUCGCUAUCGCCGUUAAGGUCUGAGAUCAAAUCUGUAAGACUUCGAAGUGAGUUUGCCGGUGCCGGAGAUUCAUACACCGGCGAGAAGAGAAAGAGAACGAAUUUCUCCGUUUCGCUUGGUCGGAGAGAGAUCGAAGAGGAUUUCAUGGCAAUGGUUGGACAUAGACCUCCUCGUCGACCCAAAAAACGAGCUAAAAUGGUUCAAAAGAAUUUAGACACUUUAUUUCCCGGGCUAUGGUUGACGGAGAUUACACCGGACUUAUACAAAGUCCCCGAUGAUCAAUAGAUUGAAAAGAUGGUGACUUUGAUACUGGUAUAGUGGCAUCACCUUUUCGAGUUUGUGAAUUUGAUGAAACUGUUGAAUUCCCGUUGGUAACGAAAAGGGGUGUAAGAGGAGGAUAAAGUUGCUGCUGCAAUGCUAAUUUUGCGUAGAGGUGAUUUGAUUUGUUCAUAUUUUCUCUGGUUUAUGUUCACUGGAAUAAGUUUUAACAUAGUGUGAUGUUCUUAGAUCAAAGACAAUUGUUCAUAUAGUGAAAAAAAACUUUCAUCUUUUCAAGUGCGUAUUACAUUCUACAUUA